CUAGUUUGUCCUUCGCAACUUCCCGUACCAAAAUAAGGAAGCGGCUAAUGGAUAAUAUAGCUACAACCAGAGAAAAAAAUAUAUAAAAUCUGCAUGUAUUACUGUAGCUAGCUAUAUGAUAACUUUAUUUAUUCCACGUUUAUUUCCUAGCAUAGUUAAAACGUAUUUUAUUUAAUAUGUAUUUAAAUAUUGUUUGUUUUAUUUUCGUAAAAUAGCUAUGUUGUUGCUACCGAGGCUAGCUAGUUAGCAGCGGUGCUAAUAGAUUAAAAAUGAUGCAGAACAUGUUUCGGACCGGGUUUCUGGUUCGGGCCACACACACCCUGCUCACUUGGGUCAUAACCCUCAUACUGUUCCUGCACAACACUGAUUUGCGGAAGUGUGAGGAGCGAGGCGAGCUGUUGCUGCCAGUUCUGUUCUUCCUCCUGGUCGUGCUGUCGGUGCUCUUAUACUUUGCUGUUUCUUUAAUGGACCCUGGCUUCGUUCUUGCUGACAGCGUCAAGGGCUCAAAUGAGGAAAUGGAGUCGAUGAUUCCUCAGUCUUCGACCCCUCGGCUGCGGCGCUGUGGACAUUGCCUGCUGCAGCAGCAGCCAAUGAGAGCGAAGCACUGUCAGACGUGUAAACACUGCGUUCGUCGCUUCGACCACCACUGCCCCUGGAUCGAGAACUGCGUGGGAGAGAGGAACCACCGCUGGUUCAUCGUCUACCUGCUGGUGCAGCUGCUCGCUCUGCUGUGGGCGCUUCACAUCGCCCUGUACGUGAGAGUGUCAGGCAUCUCACCUAGCCUCACAUGGUCGCUGUGGUUCAGAGUGAACGGGUUCCUUUUGGCGGCGCUGGUCGUUGUCGGCGUCUUCUCUGUGGUGGCGGUGAUGCUGCUGGGCAUCCACCUUUACCUGGUCUCCAUCAACUGCACCACCUGGGAGUUCAUGUCGCGUCACAGGAUCGCGUACCUGAAGAACUGCGGAGACGAGGAGAACCCGUUUGACCGCGGAGUCUUCUGCAACCUGUGGGAUUUCUUCUGCAUCUGCAGGACGGUGGCGUGGGAGCAAACGUACGACAGAAACACCCCAAAUUCUGUCUGACCUCCAACCAGACGGCACGUCACCGGGAAAGAAAGUCAUUUUUGAACCUCAACAGCAGAGAUUUGAAUUAUUUUAUGUUCCCUUUUAGGUCGAAGUUUACAAUUGAAGUGGACCAUGAAAUGUUUCCUAACUACCUGCAAACGUUGUUGCCGUUAGAGCAGACGUGCAGUAAGCUUAUUAUAUAUAGUUAGUAGUAUACUAACUUUUCCAACAUUUUUCAUACAGAUAACAAAACAUGAUACUUUGAUUUGCUGGCUUUUGACUACAAACACAUUUUAAAAACACAUUGGCCUGUUUUUUGGUCGGACAACUUUGGUCCUGACUGAAAUAUCUCAAAAACUAUUGGAUGGAUUGUCAUUAAAUAAAUUAACAUUUAUGUUUCUUAGAGGAUAAAUCCUAAUGCCUGGCUGUCCCCGAAUCAGGAUUUUUAGGGUCUUUUUGUGAA